AGAGGAAAGACCCACUAUUGUAUCUCUGCAAGAGAGAGAGACUAAAGUUUAUAGUGUCUGGUGUGACUGUUUAUGUCGGAUAACAGUCGAGAGAAUCAAGGGCGGUAUUCUCUACGGGACUUACCAAGACACGACUACAGAGGACAGUUGCGAGGAUUACAUAUUUUCAGAGAGAGUUAUACUUCAGUUGAUACGGAAGACUGUACUGAAGUGGAAGAAAGUCUUAUUACAGGAGUUAGUGAUCCGAUGGAGCAAUUAGCGGCAGCUUUGGCAAGUUUAACAAAGCUUCAGGAGGAGCAGCAACAUCGUUGGGAGGAGGCCCAGAGGCAAGCUGAAGAACGUCGUCAAGAAGAGGAGCGACGAAGAGAGGAGGCUCAGAGACAAGCUGAAGAACGUCGUCGAGAAGAGGAGCGACAAAGAGAGAGACAUUAUGAAGAGAUACAGGCCAUGCAGGAGCAGCAUAUGCAGCAGAUAGAGAUUAUGAAAGGAGUUCUAGCAGAAAGAGAAGGGAAUAGUCCUCAUUUAAAAAUAUCACCAUAUCAAGAAACAGAGGAUAUCCAAGACUUCAUUGAAGCAUUCGAAGGUAUUAUGAAGAUACAAGGGGUGAAUCGGACAAAUUGGAUUCUACGCCUGACACCGUUACUAAGUGGCAAGGCUAGAACUGUUUGUACCAAUCUGGGAACUACUACUGAUUAUGAUGGAGUCAAGAAAGCUAUUUUGGAGCAUUAUAACAUCAACACAGAGAGAUGUAGAAGAAAGUUCAGGAGUCAUGUUUGGACAAGAGAUCAAGAUCCAACUGAUUGGAUAGCUAGAGGAGUCAAACUGGUGAAGAGAUGGUUAGUACCAGAGAAUGGAAUGGAACAGGUAGUUAACAAGAUUGCAGUAGAGCAGCUUUUAAAUGGGUUACCACAAGAGAUGAGAAUCUGGGUAACUUCUCAGAACCCAGAGACACCAGAGAAAGUUGGAGAGCUUAUUGAAUCUUAUGAUACAGCUCAUAGUUGUUUACCACAGAGGAAUAGACCAAAGCAGGAUCAUGGUCGGUCAAAGGAGUUCCCAAGGAAGACUGAAGGAUCUACUGGAAACAAGAAGGAGAGAAAGUCACCUUCAGAGAUUACCUGUUACAAGUGUAAUCGCAAGGGGCAUAUAGCAAGAAAUUGUACGGAGAAAACUCUACGAGCCAAAGAGAAUGCAGAGGAAGUCAUUUGGCAUGGAGAAGGAAAGAUCAAUGGACACAAUGUGAAGCGAAUUCAGAUAGACAGCGGAGCAUCGAGGACUGUGGUUGAUAGGAAGUUUGUAGCAUUGAAAGACAUAGAGAAGGAGACGAUUGGAGUUACUUUUGGGAAUGGAACUUAUGGGGAGUAUCCACUAGCAUCAGUUCGGAUAACAUUUGAUGGA